AUGGGCCGCAAGAAGAUCCAGAUCAAACGCAUUGAGGACGAUCGCAAUCGCCAAGUGACUUUUGCCAAGCGCAAGAACGGUCUUUUCAAAAAGGCUAUGGAACUGUCCAAAUUGUGCGACUGCGAGAUCGCACUUAUCGUGUUUGACACAAACAACAAGCUCUACCAAUACUCAAGUACGGGUGUGGACCAAAUUCUGCUGAAGUAUACCGAGUACGGCGAGCCAUCGGAGACCAAGGACAAUAACGACUACGAAAUCAUGUUUGGUGAGAAAAAGAAGCAGCUGCAACAAGCAGCCAAAGAAGCAACGGCUGCAGCAGUGACGGGUUACACAUCGGCUGACUAUAGUAUGGCCUAUGAGCCGGAUUCGAAUGGAGUGGCGGUGCACUCUUUCCAGUCGAUGCAUGGCGGCAUGGAUGGUACCUCGCUGGAAUUGGGCAACGACCUCGAUCAAUACGUGCUGAACUCUUGCAGUCGGCCUUUGACGCAGAAGAAACGCGCACGUGGCGGUUUUCAGCAGCUUUUGAAGAAGGAGCACAUUAGCUACACCCCGCCUACGCUUCCUAUGUACCAGCACGGGACAGGAGCUCUUGGUGGACUACCAAAUCAGCGCACGCUUGCUGCAAUUCCGAAUCUCUCAAGUGCUCUUCCAUCACCUACUAUAGUCGCUGGCAUGCUACCUUACGACUUCAGCGCUCAAACAAAUGCUGGUCUUUUCGGUCAACAAACCAUGCUUAUUGGAGGCAUGUCUGGGGAGCUUUAUGACAGCAGAGGUGGUGCACUUGGUCUGAAUCUGAUGUCUUCGGACUACCGCCACCGUGGAGACAGCAGCGUCUAUCCGCAGCAACUGCAAUCAAAGGACGCAUUCUACGUCCCAAAGCCAAGCAUUUUACCCGACACAACUGCUGACAAUCGUCAAAGCUCCAUGGACGAAUGUGGUGAGCCAUUUGCAGAUGGCGAAAUGCCCCAAUUUGACGAAAUAGUUUGCAAAGCUGAAAACUUUUCGGACUUGCCACAACAUGAUGAUUUACCGGACAACGGUGAAUAUAUACUACCCGCAAAGCAGAAAGAAGUGACAACGGCUAGAGACAAGCUAGUUCCGGACCCGGUGCCGUCACUGAAUUGUGAAUCGAAGCAGAGUCGCCACGACGAUGCGUUUUUUUCGAGAUCAGCCAAGUGUAGCGAUAUUCAAGUCGCAUCCCCGACCAAAGCUGCGACGUCUUCUGGAGCGCGACCUCCAAGUGUUACGUCCGAUACACUAAGCACUGAUUUCGAGAAGCGCUCACGAACAGAAUUGUCGGGGCCAGCAGCAAGUCUGCAAAAACGUCAACGUGUGGUUGUUUGA